AUGGGAGACGACAAGGACAAUGGCAAACAGGGGUAUGAGAAGCACCCCUUUCUACUGUCGGUCGAUGAAGUGGGCCAGAUCCUUAAAACAAACACGGAAACUGGUUUACCCGAUGUCGACGUCGUGAAACGCCAGGAAGAGUAUGGACCCAACCGCUUGCACGGGGAUGGAGGCCCAAGGUGGUAUUCUCUAUUGGGGAAACAAAUAUCAAAUGCGAUGAUCCUGGUCCUCGUUUUAGCCAUGGCCCUUUCAUACGGUGUCUCUGAUUAUAUUGAAGGAGGGGUGAUUACGGCUGUCAUCGUGCUGAAUGUCGUGAUUGGCUUCUAUCAAGAAUUCAAGGCAGAGAAGAAGAUGGACGCUCUCCGCUCCCUCUCCUCGCCAUCUGCCAACGUGAUUAGAAACGGCCAUGAGAUAACCGUCCCAUCUGGCGAAGUCGUACCAGGCGAUAUUGUUCAGAUCAAAAUGGGAGAUACUGUUCCAGCCGAUAUUCGACUGAUCGAGGCCAUGAAUCUUGAUGCUAUCGGAACUGAGCUGGACACUGGUGUGGGGGACCGCCUAAACAUGGCUUACUCGUCCUCAACCGUUACCAAAGGCCGUGGUCGAGGCAUCAUCGUUUUCACUGGCAUGUACACCGAAAUCGGAAAGAUCGCUCAAUCUAUGCAAGGGAAACAACGCAAAGCUGGUCGCUCUAUGUCUCGAAAGAAGUAUGGAAAUUUCCAGCCGUUCAAGGGUGGAGCUCUUCGCGUCUGGGACAGAAUUGGCAAAUUCCUGGGCCUCACGGAGGGAACACCGUUGCAGAUCAAACUCAGCAAAUUGGCCUACGUGCUAUUCGGAUGUGCUCUCUUGCUUGCUAUUAUCGUUUUUGGUGUUAAUCGUUUCAAUGUUACAAAUGAGGUGGCUAUCUACGCAAUUUCCACUGGCAUCGCUAUCAUUCCCGAGUCCCUUAUCGCUGUCCUCACAAUCACCAUGGUUGUUGGCAUGACCCAGAUGAGAAGGCGGAAAGUAGUUGUUCGGCAACUGAGCGCACUGGAGGCUCUGGGCGGCGUCACUAAUAUCUGCUCUGACAAAACAGGAACUCUUACUCAAGGUCAAAUGGUUACCCGCAAGGCCUGGAUUCCCGGGGCUGGUGUAUAUAGUCUCCACAAAUCUGAUGAUGCUAAUAAUCCCACUCGGGGGACGAUCACCUUGGAGCAGCCUCCAGCAUCGAAACAGGAAGCUGAGCAGGAGCGGGAGCGCAAACGCGCUGAGCAAGACGUGCUCCGUUCUACCGCUGGCCUGAAAUUCGAUAUCCCUGCUGAAAAAGAGCAGCGCAACCAACGUCGCAUUGAGGAACGAAACGAAACGCCCCCUGAAAAGGACGAUCCGGAGGAGAAUGCGCUUCCUGAGAUGAUUCCCGAACUUGAGGCGUUCGUUACAUCCGCGGCGCUGUGUAAUUUAGCCACCGUUCGCCACGAUCCACAAUCUGACACCUGGCAAACCAUUGGCGAUCCUACUGAGGUUGCCCUCCAAGUGUUUUCUCUCCGAUUUGGUCUUGGGAAAAAGGCGCUUGAAACACAAUAUGGUUGGAAGCAACUAGCCGAGUACCCCUUCGAUAGUAGUGUGAAGCGUAUGUCAGUUAUCUACCGCCAUGCCGAUGACCCUGAAACUGUUGUUUUCUCGAAAGGUGCUGUCGAAAGGAUUAUCGACCUUUGCAUCACCGUUGGGGUGGGGGAUCAUCAAGAGGCCAUGACGCCUAAAAUCAAGCAGGAUAUCCUCGAGCAGAUGAACUUCCUUGCCGAACAGGGUCUACGUGUGCUUGCAAUCGCGCAAAAGCCUGGCCCUACUGGAUUCGACCCUCAUUCGCAGCAAAUUCCACGAGAGGAAAUCGAGAAAGACUUGACGCUUUUGGGCCUGGCUGGUUUAUAUGACCCCCCUCGAUUGGAAACCAAGGACGCCGUUAAAGAAUGUACCAUGGCGGGAAUUCGUGUUCACAUGCUUACUGGAGAUCAUCCAUCAACUGCUUCAGCUAUUGCAAAGGAAGUUGGUAUCCUUCCGCGCAAUGCCGGAACGCUAUCAGCAGAAGAGGCUCGAUCGUUAGUGAAAACAGCGGCAGAAUUUGACGGCAUGACUGACGAAGAAAUCGAUGCUUUGCCGUCUCUCCCUUUGGUAAUUGCACGUUGCGCCCCGGACACAAAAACUAGAAUGAUCGCUGCUCUCCAUCGUCGCCGCCGAUACUGUGCCAUGACUGGAGACGGUGUCAACGACGCUCCAUCGCUCAAAGCUGCAGAUGUUGGUAUCGCUAUGGGCUUGGCUGGAUCAGAUGUGGCGAAAUCUGCCGCUGACAUUGUGCUCACGGAUGAUAAUUUCGCUAGCAUUGUCAAUGCAAUUGAGGAAGGUAGACGCAUGUUUGAGAAUAUUCAGAAAUUCAUUCUCCAUCUCCUCACUUCCAAUGUAGGCGAAGUUGUACUCCUUAUCGUCGGACUUGGUUUCCAGGAUAUAUCGGGGGUUUCUGUUUUUCCACUCUCACCAUUGGAGAUUCUUUGGAUUAACAUGUUGACGUCUUCGUUCCCUGCCUUUGGUCUCGGUCGUGAGAAGGCCAGUGCCACUGUAAUGCAUCGGCCACCGCAUGAUACUAAAAAAGGGCGUCUUCACUUGGCAGAUCAUUACUGA